GUACAUUUGUUAUGUGUCUCAUCAAUGUGUGUCUGUAGAUGGAAGGAUAAAGUUUGAACAAUGUGUCAAGUUGUAUUUUAAACAAACUUGAAAUUGAACUAAUUCCAACAUUUUGCCCAUCAAACUGGUCUGGGCUUAUUUCAAGGCUGCAUUAUUUUAUUUGAUGGUAUAAACGAAUAUAUAAAUAGAGAUGAACUUUAUUUCAUUUUAAAUCUUAGAAACCAAGGACGACAGGAUAAAAAAAGCAUUUCAAUCUUCACAUAGUUCGUAAAUUGAAAUGACUAAAAAUAAAUCCAAUUGAAUUCACUUACUAAUAGUAAUCUAUCAUAAAAGUAAAUAUCACUUAAUUACUGGCUACAAUAAAUGAGGAAAUCUAGAGUAAUCUUUUUAAUAUACAAAAUUUUUUAAAAAUCAGUAUUGAGAAUUAUUUCAAUUGAUUACAUUCAACAUUUUAUUGGUAUUAUUUUAUCGAAAAUAAUAAUUUGUUUUAAAGAAACAAAUGCCAUUAUACACGAUUGUACAUAAUUCAAAAGGAUUAAUUUUGCACAAUCUAACUGAAGUACAUCAUUCUGCAUGAAAAUUACAAAUAAAAGACCAUAUGAUUAAUUCAGGUCGACAACAGGAUAAUCAGAAAAUCUAAGAAGCGUAAGAGGAAAGCAGAAUGAAUAGGCAAAGAGUUAAACUGAUUACAGAUAGUUGUUUACGAUUACAUUCCAAUCAGAAAAGAAUUAAUCAAAUGAACUGAGAUAAAAAGCGUCAAAACAAUGCUAAAUACAGAUUGGACAGAGAUAGAAGUAAUCGAAUUGAUAGUUGAUAAUGCAACACAUCUUGGAUUUGGUAUGUGUGGAAGUAAGAGCACCGGUGUAAUCGUUAGAUGCAUUACACCUGGUGGAGCAGCUGAACUGGACGGUCGUCUUCGACUUGGUGACCAUAUUGUCUGCAUUCAUGAUCAUAAUGUUCGAAGUUAUGGACCAGAUCAAGUGGCUACAGUUCUACGCCAAACUAUAUCAAAUUGUCUAUCUGAAGUUGUAUUAAAACAAGAUUCUUUGCAGACGGAUGAAACAUCCACAACAACUAUGAAUAAAAAAUCUUCACUUAUCAGAACGCAGACAUUAACAAACAGAACUUCAUCAACUUUUACUAAUACUAUUAAUAUACGAUCGGAAAAAUAUACUUUAUCCCCAAGCCAAAUAGAUUCAAAUCAAAUUGAGUCUAAUGAAAUUCACGAGAUCAAUCAAAAAUUAAUGAGCGACCCAAUAGUUUUAAUUCGAAUGAUUGUAGCUCGUCCAGCUAAUGGUAAUCCUGUUGAUUUGAAUGAUAUCAGUUUAAAACAGCAAGCUGUUUGUCAUCAACAUGGUGUUCUUGGAAUGCUGACGAUUAUACCAACACAUCAAAUAGAUCAAUAUAUAGAUGUAUUACUACACAAGAAACUUCCACUUGUUGAUUUGUACAGUCUAUACAAAACAGAUCUAUUGAACAUCGAAAACAAUACUAAUAUUUAUAAAAAAAUAAAUUCAAAUGAGGUUGACUGUUCUGAAUCAUCAAAGCCAAUCGACUAUAAUAGAAGUGAGCUGAUAGAAAUGAAUAAAAUGAUUGAAUCUUCUCCAACUUCAUCGAAACAACAAGAACAAUAUGAUUUUGAUUUUCAGCAGUUUCGAGAGAUGAAACCGUGCUCGACACUUCAGGUUAUAACAAGUCCUCGAAAUUGCUCAGAAUCAGAUAGUGAAGAGGUUCACAAUAAUCUACCAAGUCGAGUUAUUGAAAAUGAUCGCUUAGAUAAUAAAUAUAAUGAAAAUUUAAAAAUCGAUUGCAACACAAUAUUGAAUUAUCAAAACUACUCCACUGAUCAUCCUAUCUCAUCUCCUUUCAAUGAAUAUGUUCUUGAAAAUAUAAGUCAACAAGGCUUAUCAAUUCAUGUUAAUAAUGAACAAGAAAAUGGCGAUGAAGAGGCAGAAGAAACUGAAAUUCACACUGUACAAUUAACAAAAUCAAAGGAUCAAGGCUUAGGUCUAAGUGUAGUUGGAUAUAUUUAUAAAAAUCCAUAUAAUAAAAAUGCAUACAAUAAAGGAAUUUUUGUACAAAAGAUCACUCCCAACAGUAUAUCGGAUAAAUCAAAAUCAAUUCAAGUAAAUGAUCAAAUAAUCCAAGUAAAUGAAAUAUCUCUAAGUGGUCUAGAUAACAUAAAGGCCAUUUCAGUUUUGAAGAAGUCUGAUGCAAGUAUCACACUAAAAUUGAAACGCUACCUUUGUGGUUUCCUUUGUAAAGAACUAAAAAAAGCGGGUUCUUUCCAAAUAAGCAAUAAUGAACCACAAAAUCGAUUGGUAAAUCAUGAUGAAAUUUCAGACUCUGAUCUAAAUUCGGAUCAACCAUACUCAGUAGACAAUAAUGUAUUGAAGUAUAAUGUAAUCAACAGUGAAGCGAGUGAUUCAUCAAAUCAAUCAGCGGUUAGUAUAUUGUAUCAACACGAGAAUUAUCCAUUAAAUAAUACUAAUUUUGACCAAUCAAAUACAUUACACAUGGAAUUAACAGAAGGAUUCAUCGAUUCAUCAUGUACGUGUUUACAUGGUUAUGAAAGUAUAUUUUCAGAAGAAAAGGAAUUUAAGGAAAUGGUGUCACCACUGGCGAAUAAUAAAAAUAAUCAUGAUCAAUUAAGUCCAGUGGCUUUUUCUGACCAAUUAUUAGUCAAUAAAAAUUGUAAAUUAUUAAACCCAGCAAAUGUUAACUUAGUUGAUAACAUAGAAUCAUUUGAACAACAAACACCUGUAACAAUGAUGGCAACCACAAUAAUAAAUAAACAGGAAUAUCAAGAUGUGAGUACCGAUCAAAAAGGUGAAGAAUUCACCAAACGUAUCUGUGGUGUUGGAAAUAAUGGGAUGUUGGUAAUCAGUAGGUUCACGCCUAAUUUUGGCAUUGAAACUACAUCUAAACCGGAAACGAGCAAAAAUACAACAUCUAGAAAUAUCAGUGAUGUUUUGAUUCAGAUCAAUAAUAAUAAUAAUAAUAAUAAUAAUAAUAAUAAUAAUAAUAAUAAUAAUAAUAAUGAUAAUAAUACAGCCAUCGGAUCUAAAGAAAUAAUUGAUCAAAAUCGUCUUGGGAAAACGGAUCACAUCAAUUCAUCAAAUGAGGAACAAAUUAAAAUAAGUAUGCAUAUCAAGAAGAGACUUCGCCGCUACAUAAGUAACAUUAUAAGCUUUACUAAUUCCCACACUCGAAACACGCUUCGUGAUCGAUCUGCUGAUUUUUAUGCAAAUGAAGUUACAGAUGAAUUGGUUGAUCUCAUGCGUAAAGUUUGGCUUCCGAUUGUUGGUCCUGGUUAUGAAAUCAUAGUUUUACAUAUUCAUAAAUCUCGCGGAACAUCAAAUUUGGGCAUAAGCAUUGAAGGUGUGACCUAUGUGGCAGAACCAGAUUUCGAUCAUGAAAAUUUAUCACCUACAACGGUUACAACUAAUAGUCAAAUUGAAGAUAAAUCUAAUUCAAGUAGUAAACUGUUACCAAAUGGUAUGGCAAGAUCUGCUCAUUCAAAUGAUAUCAAGUAUAGUGAUAUGCCAUCACGCCAUUUCGUCCAAUAUAUUGUACCUGAUGGUCUGGUCGGUAGUUUGGGUGUUGUGCAAAAGGGUGAUGAGUUACUUCAGGCUAAUGGUCAUCGUAUACAUGGUACAACGCAUACUAGUACUCUUCGUUAUUUGCGCAAUUUACCAUCACGCAUUGAAUUAGUCUUUGCUCGUAAAAAGUCUACAUAUGAGAAUGGGGGUGAUGACGUGUUUGGUAUUACGGACGGUAAAGAUCGGUUGAUUGAUGUCGCAGGGGAAUCAAUACUUGAAGUAGCUGCUAGUGAAAUUGGUUCUGUCGACACUGGUUCAUCUAUGAGAAUAGUGAAUACUUACGAUAAUGUUGAUCGGUCAAUUUAUUCUAGUCCAGUAUCACCGGCUACGGCCCAUAAACGUGUCACCGAAUGGAUUCGAAAAUCUCAAGGAGAUUUAAGUGCGACUAUUGACUAUUCAUCUUCACCUGAAUCUUCUGUAACUAAACAAACUAAUAAUAAAUCAGAAAGAUUCAAUUAUUGUGAUUUAAAACACCCCCUCAAUAAUUAUGUAAAUCCGAAUUACACUAGUAAAUUACAACAACAGUAUCCAGUAAAUAUAAUGAAAAACAAUCGUAAAUAUUCAUUACCCAGCACAAUACAGCGGUCAGGAACACAAAUACAUUCUAGGACUUUAGGGCGUUUAUCAAUAUCAAGAUCUGGUAAAGUGUGUAUGGAAAAACAAUCUACUGAACAACACGAUCAUCGCCGUUGUCAAACUCUACCACAUUAUCAUCAUAAUCGGCCAAAUCGUAUUGAUCCUCGUUACGGUUUUAAACGACCAUGUUGGUCUUCAGUGCCUUUAAUUAUUCAACUAAAUAAAACAUCUCAUGGUUUUGGAUUUAGCAUAGCUGAAUAUGAGGAACUACCUGUUACUGACUUAGAAGGCAAUACACUCCGUAAAGCUUGUUCACUUGAUAGAAGGAGUUCUAAUAUGAUUGAAUCUGAUCGUCGAUCAUUUCAUUCCUAUUAUUCUACCGGUUCUACCAUUGCAUCAUUAUCAUCGUUACCUGGUAAGAAUUCCAAAUCUUCCAGUAAAUUGAAACGAAGAUCCACGUGGUCUAGUCGCUCCAAAUCACACGGUAUCUUAUUAGUUGACAGUUUAACUCCAGGUGGUAUUGCACAGUUGGAUGGACGUAUAUCAAUCGGCGACAGGCUGUUAUUUGUUAAUGAUAAAAACUUAAUGAAAUCUAGUGUAUUUGAGGCCGCUACUACACUAAAGUCCCUUCCUAAUGGACCAUGUUUAAUUGGUAUUGCAAAAAUGCAGUUGGAAUCAAAUGAAACAGAUGACAUUCAUGAAAAAAGCCAACAACAAUUACUACUGCCAUACCCUGUUGUCUCUUCUAGACCUUCUGUGAUUGACAUGUUUCCAGAUACUGGUGAAAUGAAAAGGAUCAGUGUCAAGUCUGAUCUAGCAUAUCCAUUACACGUAAACACUGGUGAUAGCACUAUCGAUAAUGACGAUAAUAAUACGAUUAUGAAUGGUCUCAAUGCAACUGGAACUGAAGAUUUGGCUUUAGAUUUUUACACACUACCAUUACUUUGUCCAAAUCCUCAACUACAUGCACCCGAUUUACAAUAUGUCACUCCAGUUGACCCAACAUUAGAGAUAUCUGAGCGUUUGGAACGUGGAUCUUUACCGAUAGGUUUAAAGUUAGAUGCAUUAGCCUGUCAUGGACAAGAUGGUUGUCGUGUCGUGCAAGUUUUAGGUGGUGGGGCUGUAGCUCGUGAUCAAGUUCUUGUCACAAAUGAUUACAUAACUAGUUUAAACGGUCUUUCUAUGCGUUAUUUAGACAAUUUAAAAGCAUUUGAAAUCUUACAUUCACUAUCGCAAAAUUCAGCUGUGAUUCACAUAACGUAUUUUCCUGCUUCCGUUAUUGAAUCUCAUCGAAUUAAAUGUUUAUCUAAAACAUUGAAUCAAACGAGUGAAAACUCUUUACAGAAAAGUUCUUUUCCAUAUUCGUCCAUUGUACAACCUGUAAAUUGGUCACCUCCGGUUGCAAUUGUACUUCAUCGUUUAGAUACUAGUCAACCCUGGGGUUUGGCUGUAUCUGGUUCUGAUAUUUGUUCAAAAUUGAAUUGUUCAGCACCAAUGAAUUUAGAAAAUCCAAGCAUUGUAUCCGAGAUAUUGCCUAAUAGCGUAGGAAAAAAUUGUAAAUUGCUUAGUCGUGGUCUAUUGAUCUUACAAAUUCAAGGUAUCGAUGUCUCCACCAAAGGUCCAAAUUAUGUCAAUGCUUAUCUGCAGUAUCUGUCGGAUCAGCCUGGUCUACGUGAAAUUCACAUAGUUGUGUGCCAUUUUAAUGAUGAUUGUACAAAACAUAUUAUUAAUGGUGAUGUUGCUGAGAUGUUUAAUCCAGGCAAUCAAGUUAAUAUUACCAAUUAUACUACUACUACUACUACUACUACUACUACUACUACUACUGACAAUAAUAAUAAUAAUAACAACAAUAACAAUAAUUUUACUGAUAAAAUGGAGUUAUCCAACUAUUUAAAUAUCUCCACACCUAUCAAUGGUCAACUAAUAUAUGAUCAUAUUGUCCACCCAGGGACAUCUCCAAGUUCCAGUGAUAUGGAAGAUCCUGAACCACUGACUGAUAUGGAGUCUCGUGAUGUGGUGGAUAUUUUAUCUCGAUCAGUGCCGUCGCCAGAUCCGAAUAAUUCUUCUGAUUCACAGCAUAAUACAUAUAGGAAAACUACUCUAUGUCCACUAUCUCAACUUUCAUCGCCUAUUUUAAAAGAUGAGGAUAACGCUGUCAGUACUGAUGUUAUGUUUUCAACGUAUGAAAAAUGCGAUAAAAAAUCAAAACUACAAAAUGGCUGGGUUAGUGACAGUGUUUGUAGUUCUAGUUCUUCAUCAUUUCCUCCACUUCUACUACCUUUUAGACGAUUGUCUACAACAUCUAAAGAACAAGAGCCGACUGGUUAUUUAAAACCUAUGGUAGUUAAUGAUUCAAAUGUAAAUGAAUUAAAUUUCUAUAGUCCUGUGAAAUUGUACACACGUGAUAGCCAAGAUAAGAUACUUUUUAUUCAUCUACCAUUACUAAUUAAUUCUUCAUCAAACUACACCCAUAAUGUUAACGAAAAAACGGGAAAUUUGGGUUUGCAUCUUGUAAGCUGUUCUAAUCCCGAGAGUAUGGCUACAUUUGUUGCAAGCUGUCAAACGGAUUCUAGUGGCGGUCUUGAGUGUGGAGAUGAAAUUGUACAGGUUGAAGACGUCAAUGUCUGUGGGUUAGAUCAUAUCUCCGUUCAACAGAUUAUCCACUCAAAAAUUACCGAAUUAAUGUCGAAUAAGUAUUCAAUCAAUAACUCAAGUAAUAAUUAUUUUAUUGGUAAUGAUAAUAAUGGACAAUUGAGUGAUUUUGAUCAAUCAGUUAUCAAAUCUUUCAUUACACUAAUCAUAAGACGAAAUCCCAAAAAUUUGUCAUUAAUGUCAUUUUCACGGGAGUGCAAUGAUUCACCGUUGAGUGUAGAUAAUUUGACUGGUAGCACCUGUUCAAAAGUGUUAUCAUCAUCACCACCUAAUCCAUUACCAACUGGUUCAAAGCCAAUUCCACAUACAUUUCUAAAAGAGAUCAUGGUUGAAUUAAAUGAAGAUUUUUGGAAAUUUCAACUAUUCGACGUUAUAUUGGAGAGAGGUUCAGAUGGUUUCGGUAUUUUCAUCGUUAAUUUGAGUCCAAACAAUGAACCUGGUGUAUUCGUCAGCGAAAUCCGUCCAAACAGCCCAGCACAACUACAAGGAGUUCUUAGACCUCAUGAUCGUAUACUAGCUAUUGAUGGUCAACUUCAAUGUGAUUAUGAAAGUACAUUGGAAUUGUUGCAAAAAUCAAGAAAAUCUGUACGCCUAACCAUCGGUAGGCAAAUACCUUGUCACAGUGACUCACAACAAAUGCUACAAUUUGGAUAUGUAACUACAACAGGGGAUAAUCCAGACAAUGAUAUAAAGCAUCAAAAAUUAUCUAUUAUACCUGGGAUUCCUGCUACAGUUACUCUGUACAAGACUGACGGAGGUCUCGGAUUCUCGAUUGUCGGUGGAAGUGACACAGUUUUGAGUAACAUUUUGGUCCAUGAAGUACACUCUGGUGGAGCUGCUGCACGUGAUGGUCGGCUUCAAGUUGGUGACCGCUUAUUAGCUGUCAAUGGGAUCGAUCUUCGUGAAGCUACCCAAAAAGAUGCCACAAAGAUUAUCCGAACAGCUGAUGACUGUAUCCAAUUGGUUGUGUACAGAGAUCCUGAACCACAAUAUAUAAAUCAAGGUGUAUUCGAAUGUCAUAAUGUUCACUUGAAACGUGAUAUGCCUGGACAAAGUUUUGGUCUGUCAUUGAUUGGUCGACCUCAUUAUUCGACUGGUACAGCUAUUGGAGGCAUUGUAGAGAAUAGUCCAGCUGCUCGUUCAAAUCUUUUGGAAGUUGGUGAUAUAAUUUUAGAAAUUAAUGGUUGGGAUAUGCGUUUGGCUAAAUCAGAUGAAGUAGUCAAUUUAUUAAAGAAUGCACAUAGCGACGUGAAAUUAUUGAUUGGACGUUACAAAACUGGGCCAUCAAUGCAUGCUUAUCCUCGAAAUCGAUUAAAUGUCUAUGUGGUUGUACUUGAACGUCGUCAAUUUGGCUUUUGUAAUGAUCGUCCUCAGGUGGGAAAACCUUAUUCUAAUGAUCCUGAUAUCCUUGUUGAUUCUGUCUGUCAAAAAACUGAUGAAAAUGAAUUACACGAUUUAAAAUCAUCAACCAACUGUAUUACCGUAAACAGCGAUCAGAAGAUUAGUGGUGAUGACGGUAAUAAUAACAAUGAUGAAAUUGCUUCAGCUGCAUUUGGUUUGCGUAUUCGUUAUGCGAGUUCACAAGAAUUAUGGGACUCACACAUUCGACUAAUCGUAGAUAGUAUUCAACAUGACAGUCCAGCAGAUCGAUUAGGAAUGAUAAUGCCGGGUGAUCGCCUGUUAAGUAUAGAUCGUGAACCGGUAGAUUGGCUGAACCCAACCGAAGUGGUCCAGCUAUUAGCUAAUCUACUGUAUUGUACAAUUGAAUUAGGUCGUUUACCGUAUUUCAACGCACCAUUAUCUGCUAACAAUAAUGCUAUAUCAGAUAAGUGCUUUAAGCCUUCUCCACCACCGGUCACUUCUUCAUUAUCUCCAUCUCAUAGAAUUCAACAAGAUGAACAUGAUAUGUUCCCACCUUAUCCACCUCCGUCACUAGAACUACCGACAUUAUUUGGUGGUAUUAUGCCAUGUAUUGAAACACCAAGCUUUGUAAGAGAUAUGUGCACUUUGCCUGAACUACAAGAUGAAGAUGAUGAAAGUAAAAAUAAUAAAAUUAGAUUUGGACAUCGUGAGAAUGAUAAUCAUUAUCGGUUACCUGAAUCUACUUAUUGUGCAAUUAAUUCAAGCAAUCAACAAGACCAAAUUGAUUCAAUGUUGAAUAUGACACCUUUAAAUGAAGAAGAAAUUGAAAAGGCUUUAGAAUUAGCUGGAAGAGGCAGUGGAGGAUUUUUUGUACGACAGAUUUAUUUACCAGCUGCACCAGUUAAUACUAACAAUAACACCAAUUCUAGUCAUAUAUCAAAUAUUCAUUUAGGUUUACGUUUAGUUAGUGGCCCGGGUGUUAGUGGACCAGUUGUUGUUCGUAUUGAGCCAAAUUCAUGUGCUUCUAGAACCGAUAUUCAGAUUGGUGAUCGUAUUCUGGGUCUAGAUGAUAAACUGUUACUUUCUUUACGUCAAGAUAAUCAUUCUGCUGAUGAUAUACUAUGUACAAUUGAAAAUGAUUGGAUUACACGUUCAAUAAAUUCUCAGUUGACUUACGAACAAAAUCCCUGUUGUUUAACAAUUAUUAGUUAUCAUAGUUUACCAUUGUUCAGUUCAUUUGGUAAACAAGAAAGUGAUGCUAAAAUUGAAGAAAAGAAUUCAAAUAAAAACCUAGAAAAUAAUGCACAACUUACUAUAUCUUUAACAAAUUUACAUCUAACCAAUGGUAAUACUUCUAAUUGUCAACAUAGCAUCAGUAGUAUUGAUAUGGGAAAUCCGAAAAAUCACGUGGUAUCUGAUACUACUACUCCUUUACCAUUCGAAUCCAAAUCACCCACUACUGCCAAACUAGGUAAAAAUUGUGCUUCCAGAUAUGCAGAUAACAUUCAAAGCAAUAAACAACAAGUGGUUAUGUAAUUUUCAGAUUUGAAUCUUUCCGAUCGACUAACGCUACUUGGUGUCUUUUGAAAGUAUUGAUGAGACGUAAUUGAAACAUAUAAUGCAAGUUGUUGCUUCUUAAUUUUUCCGACUGCUCAAGUAUACUGAAUCUUCAUUUUCUGCAUCUUAUUAAUAUAUGGUGGGUCAUUAGACUCAUUGGUCGAAAAUUCGUGUACUUUCAAUGACUUUGGUCAAUUGUAGGGUUAGUAUAUGUGAGAGUUAUAUAAUGAAAUGUAUUUUAUUGUAAUGAUUGUCACCUACCUUCUGUGUAUCGAUUGUAUUGAGUCAAAAUAUACUGGGUCAUUCACAAAAAAUGUUUUCGUUCUUACUUGUUUGACCCGCCUUACCCGCAUUUUAUCAAUUAUGUAUUUAGUAAUGGAUUAUAAAUUAUUACAAUUUAAGAGACUGACAAAAUACAACUUCAUUUUUGUGUAUCUGAUUCAUGGCACCCGAUUUUUCAUUACGUUGUUGAAAAUGAGAAAUCAAGUUUAUGAAUUUUGAAUGACCGGGCUUCUUUUUAAACGUAUUUAGCUUUAAGUCAUGUACAAGAAUAUGCAUUUGGGUUCUCAAUAACGCUAUAUUAAGAAAAUUUCAAUCACAAGUUAUCCUCGACCACUAUUAGUUCUUUUAUUGACUUUAUAUAAUCUACACAUAUGCUUCUAGAUUAUAGUUUAUCGCACGUGGAAAUUAGUCAUUUAUUAUGUGAACCUUAUUUUCACAUGUUAUGAUUUAUUUUCUGCUUUUCGAUGCUUUAAUUUUAUUCAUUCAAAAGUAGUGAGUAAAUUCCAACAAAAUGGAGGAGUUGGGCACCCUCAUUCAGAUGAGGAGCUACAUCCAAAUUCACCAUCAUUACAUAAUCACCGCUAUGAAUUGUCUCUUGAACCAAGCGAUGAUGUCAUACAUCGCUUACCGAAUAAAAAUCUGUUUGUAGAUGAUGCGAUCCACGUGAUAUGCGAAAAUGCUAGUACUACUACCAACAAAAAUAAUGGACAACAUUCAUCAUGUGUUGAAUCGGUAUCAUCACUUUCAACACCGCCACCUGACGAUGAUGGCGUUAUGUGCAAUCGUCCAUUGAUGAAUAUAAAUCGUAAAUUUUCUAUUCAGAAUAAUCAACAUGUCUAUAAUAACAAUGGGAUUAUGAAUAACAAAGCAUGCCUUUAACACCGACAAUAACAACAGAAGUAAAUAUACAAUGAUAUAUCUAAACAAACAGGCUCGUAUAAAUAUAAAUAAAAUGAAUACAAUGAUUUGUGUUUGGUUUUCUCCUUUUCUUAUGUAAUAUUUUAUUCUAAACACUUGGUUUGUUUAUUUCAAAUUGUUAAUAUCCUGAUUUAUUUUUUUGAUUGAGAUUUGUGUUAAGAAUAAUUCUGUUAUUACCCUCUCUCUGCGUAAUUUUUUUCUGAAUAAAAAAUCAUCAAUUAUUAUUUGUAAAAUGAAAAAUAUUCCCUUUUAUCAUCAAUUAUCCUCUAUCAAAAAAUCACACAGACAGUUCAGCCAACUAGUAGUAACUGUCGUUGGUGCAGUUGGGACUAGGAAUUUCAAAACGCUUGAUCCACUCUGUAAUUCGAUUGCGAAGUGCAAGUUGCUCGUUUCUGAAAAAUAUUAAAAUUAUUAGCUUCCUUCAUUUUUUUCAACUACACCUUGUGUCUAUCAUAAUUAAAAGGAUUUCAAUGUUGCAUACUUCCCUUUUUCCGAAUGUGAAAUUCUUUACCUAAUUUGAUUAUUUUUACGAAUCUGGAAAGUAAUUUCUUACAUGAAAUCAACAUAUAAUUGUGAAUAUAUGGAUAUUUUUGAUUCAGUAUAUAUAAACAAAUAAAAUGAGCACUGUCAUCAAAUACAGUUAUCGUGCAACCUUUCA